AUGAAGACGACAGUUCUGCUGUUGGCCGCAGUUCUGUCCUGCGCAAAUGCUUCGUUUCUGCUCGACUACACGCUUCCCGACAGCGUCAUCCAGCUGAUGGGUCUUCGCGAAAAGCCGACGAACGUCUGUUCCCGAAUUUUUCUGGAGUCAAACUGCGGAUUUUCAGAGAGCCAUCUCUGUCUGCCAGGACAUCCAGUUCAACUACUGCCAAGUAGCGUCAAUGUCAGUUAUAUGAAUUAGCUUUGACUCAGGCGAGGUUCAACGAGUUUUUCGGCUUCUCACCUGAAGUGAGCUAUCGCAACGGCUCUUACAUCUACACAAACGUGCAGAAGUUCCUCGAGAUGAACGUCACGGAGUUCACCAAAGUCUGCAAGUGAGUUUAGAAGAAGAAGAAGCCUUUUUUUCAGAAAAUUUUAAAAUAUUCAAGUUCUUCGCAUCAUAGUACUUCUUACAGUUCAGAAUGUUCGCUUUUUGUCGAAACUUGGAGAUUUUUUAUUUUUCAAUCCAACCCAGAGGUGAAUCAAGAAGGGUCUCACUUUGCUGUUUCAGCACUCGGACACAAUUCUACCAAUGCCUAGGAACGUCUUACUAUUCCUGUUUGAGUCUUUUCACGCUCCUCAACCGUCCCAAUCCCGACUUCCCUAACAGUACUUUACUUCAUUUUAAUUAAAUCUAUAUUACAAUAUCAAAAUUGCAGCUUUCGACUACGUCCGCACGUUCCGCGGCCUCGAGUACGCUUGUACCGGCGGAUUCCAAGGCUAGUAGCAAGUCCGAAAUGUGGAGUGAAAUUUGAAACUACAGAAGUAGCCUUCCAGUGGGACUGCCUCGGCACUUUCCCCACAACUAACAGCUACAAGAACUGCAUCACGCAAUUCAACGCCACCGUCGGCAACGACUUGUGCUCGUGAGUUUUGUGAGGUUCAGAACGGUGCUUCUGUUUCAGGAAUGCUUGUUCAGCGCCUUUUUAUUUCAAAAAACUUCUCAAUCUUUGAAUUCAGAGCUGUAGACGCAACCGGUCAAUGUUUGAACGACGCUUACCGUGCCGCCUGCAAUGAUGCCGGAGUGAGUCUUGUUCUAUUUUUUUUUCAGAAUCCCUCACCUUUCAAGAAAUGAAUCAAAUUCAAUAAUUUUGAGAAAUAUAAACUGCUCCUAUUGUCAUAAAUCAGUUUUUUUAUUUAAUUUUCAGUGAAUUCAUUAGUAGUUUUGCUCAUUUUUGAAUUCGAAAUGUACUAUCAAAGAAAAAUCGGAAGACGGCCUUUUAAAAUAGCUUUUUUUUAACUCAAAAGCGAACAUUCAUUCAAUGUUUUUAGACCCUAAAAAGAAAACUUCAUCAUUUUUGUGUGUUUACAGGCUGGCUUUUUCGGAUGUGAGAACUUCCGGUCGACAUUCAGCGACGCUUGUUGGGGUCUUCGUUGCCAAGUCAAUCAGUUCUAG